GUUACGCGCAGGAAGAGGGAGCCUCCAUCUUAGGCGCCGGACGCGUCGCGGCGGCGGUGGGAUGGCGGCUGAUAGCCGGGAGGAAAAAGGUGAGUUAAAUUUGUUCGUGGAAGGAUCCAACAGACCACAGAGUCAACAAAAGAUGAGUUGCAGGAGAGCCCAGUUGGGAUUGUCUGUAAUGAAAAGGACUCAUUUGGACCUUCCCCCGUCAGCAGUGAUGAACUAUGGUGAACUGAAUGUUCUAGAUGACAUCUUGACCGAUGCUCCUGAUCAAGAUGAUGAGUUGUAUAACCCCGACAGCGAGCAAGAUAAAAGUGAGAAAAAGGGAUCAAAAAGAAAAACUGACAGGAUGGAGAAUGCUGAAAGCAAGAGACAAAAACCUUCCAUGCAUUCAUCGAGGCAGAUGUUGUCAAAGCCUCCUAGUUCAUCAGUUAGCAAUAACAAGAGAAUAGUGAGUACGAAAGGAAAGCCGAUAUCAGAAUACAAGAAUGAGGAGUAUCAGAGGUCUGACAGAAACAAGCGCCCAGAGAGCGAUCGAAAAACACGCAUGUCGAGCAGUUCCAGGGAACUUUAUAAAGGACAACCAGAAAAAACUUGCGUGAGGAAGAGGGAUAUUGACAGAAGGGCAAAGUCUUCUACACCAGAUGCUUUAGAGAGAAUCAGGCAUGAUGUGGAUAGAAGACCAAGCAGAUCCAGCCAUUCCUCUAAAGAAGAGGUGAACUCUGAGGAAUAUUGUUCAGAUCACGAGACUGGCAGUAGCGGCUCCUCUGAACAAGGCAAUACAGAGAAUGAGGAGGAAGGAAUGGAAGAAGAGGAAGAUGAUGAAGGAGAGGAGGACGAAGAGGUGGAAGAAGAUGGGGAGGAGGAUGAAGAAGAGUAUGAACAGGAUGAGAGAGAUCAGAAGGAAGGAAAUGACUAUGACACACGAAGUGAAGCCAGUGAUUCUGAUUCUGAAUCUGCCUCUUUCACAGAUGGGUCAGUCAGAUCUGGCUCUGGUUCAGAUGCAUCAGAUGAGAAAAAGAAGGAGAGGAAGAGAGCUAGAGGUAUCUCUCCGAUUGUUUUCGACAGAAGUGGAAGUUCUGCAUCAGAGUCAUAUGCAGGUUCAGAAAAGAAGCAUGAGAAAUUAUCAUCUUCCGUUCGUGCUGUCCAAAAAGACCAAACAAGUAAACUUAAAUACAUUCUCCAAGAUGCAAGAUUCUUUCUCAUCAAGAGUAAUAACCAUGAAAAUGUAUCGCUUGCUAAAGCAAAGGGAGUAUGGUCAACACUUCCAGUGAAUGAGAAGAAGCUUAAUGCUGCUUUCAGAUCAGCAAGAAGUGUUAUUUUGAUAUUUUCUGUAAGAGAGAGUGGCAAAUUCCAAGGAUUUGCAAGACUGUCUUCAGAGUCCCAUCAUGGAGGAUCACCUAUACACUGGGUGCUGCCUGCAGGAAUGAGUGCAAAAAUGUUGGGAGGUGUCUUCAAAAUUGACUGGAUUUGCAGGCGUGAAUUGCCAUUCACUAAGUCUGCUCACCUGACCAAUCCUUGGAACGAACAUAAGCCUGUAAAGAUCGGACGCGAUGGACAGGAAAUUGAGCCGGAAUGUGGAACCCAACUUUGUCUUCUCUUCCCUCCUGAUGAAAGUAUUGACUUGUAUCAAGUCAUUCAUAAAAUGAGGCACAAGAGAAGAAUGCACUCACAACCCCGAUCAAGAGGACGCCCAUCCCGUCGAGACCCUGUUCGGGAUGUGGGAAGGCGUCGACCAGAAGAUUAUGAUAUUCAUAACAGCAGAAAGAAACCAAGGAUUGACUAUCCCCCUGAGUUUCACCAAAGACCAGGGUAUAUAAAGGAUCCCAGAUAUCCUGAAGUAGACAGACGAUUUUCAGGAGUUCGACGAGAUGUAUUUUUAAAUGGGUCCUACAAUGAUUACGUGAGGGAAUUCCACAACAUGGGACCACCACCACCAUGGCAAGGAAUGCCACCAUAUCCAGCUAUGGAGCAGCCACCACACCACCCUUACUAUCAGCACCAUGCACCUCCACCUCAAGCUCAUCCUCCAUACUCAGGACAUCACCCUGUACCGCAUGAAGCAAGAUACAGAGACAAACGAGUACACGACUAUGACAUGAGAGUAGACGACUUUCUUCGACGCACACAAGCAGUUGUCAGCGGUCGGAGAAGCAGGCCUCGGGAGAGGGACCGAGAACGGGAGCGGGACCGUCCUAGAGAUACUAGAAGAGACAGAGAACGUGACAGAGGCCGUGAUCGGGAAAGGGAGAGAGAGAGGAUUUGUGACCGGGACAGAGAAAGAGGUGAAAGAGUUUCACAUGGUUCAGUGGGAGAAUGCUGCUAUCAAGUAUGCAAAUAUUGAAGUAUGAUUUUUUUUUUUUGACUGUAUGGCAGUGUUGUAGCAGCUUUUUUUUUUUCUCUUCCCCACCCCAUUUUUUAGCCCUGUCUGUAAAGUCAAGUGUUUUUUCAGUCUUCAGUAAUGAAAGCAAUAUUAAGAAGACACUAUUGAUACCUAAUUUUUAACCUUUUUUAAAAAUCCUGCCGUGUUCAGUAACAUUUUGGUCAAUUCUCUUGUCUAGUCUCCUUCCAAAAUGUACACGUUGCUUGGAAUGUUCACAACCUGCGUAUGUGGAACCAGAAAAUAUUGCUGUAUUCUACAUUGCUACCAGUUUUUUUUAUAAAAAUAAAUUGGUAACUAUUGAAA